GGGUAACAAAAUUUGGGCCUUCUCAAUUAUUGAGCAUUGAAAACACAGCGCCCUUAUUGCAAACGCAGUGCUAGGGUUUUCUUGAUCGAUCGAUGGCUGUUGCUUCCUCCUCCGCCAAUCUCCCAAGGCUUCCAAGAUCGGGGCUAGGGCUCUCGAAUCGCAGCUCCAGCGGCGCCACUCGGCGGGGCGCCUGUGUCCGGUGCGCGUAUGCGCCUCGCGGCGGGAGGGUCGCCCUCGCGGAGCGCGCAGCGCAGCCGAAUUUCUACGAGGUUUUGGGAUUAUCGUCGCAAGACGUGGAUUUGUCGAGCAUCAAGCUGGCCUACCGGCAAAUGGCGAGGAAAUUUCACCCGGAUGUGUGCCCCAGGGAGGAGAUGGAGGAAUGCACGCAGCGAUUCAUUGUUCUCCAGGAGGCGUAUGAGACGCUGUCGGAUUCCAGGCGCCGUGCUAUGUACGAUCUCGCCAUCUCGGGCGCGCUCGAUUCGCACGGGAUUGCGGUGUCCUGGGCGACGGAUUUCGAGGAUGAUUGGAGGAUGAGAUGGGCCGAUCAGCUAUCCGGGCUGAAGAGAAGGAGCGCCGUGAAAGAACACGAGAAUCGAGAGAGCUGGGCUGCGAGGAUCCGGCGGCAACAGCAACAGCAAUAGCAUAAACAAUAGAUCAAACCAUGUACAUUGAUAGAUAAAAAAUAGAUGCCGGGAAUAUACGCAUCGGUUAAACUUAUCCAAGCCAGCCCAUGCAUGAAAGACACGUCAUCGUGUUAAUCUCUCCACUGUGGACGUCCGCCACGUGUCCUGGCAUAUUCCCCCAUUCCAUUCGAGCUUUUCCCCUUUCCACCAAAGCCUCGGAGCUCGUGAUGCUUGCUAUGGCUAUGGACGUCGCGCAUCGCGGAUCCAUCGCUUUGAGCGCCCCGGGAGGUAAUUUUCGGGAGUUCUAGGCUAUCGAUCCAGAUCGCGGCGUUUUGGGGCGGCAUCGCAGCUGGAAUUAGCGUGGCUCGCUGCGGCAUGAGGUAGAUUCUUGGAAAUCCGGGGAGGGAUGGCUGCCGGGAGUGGCCGCGGCGAGAAUGCGGCAGCGUCGGAGGAGAAUCAUCGCGCCCUGGUGCCGCGAGCUGCGGAGAAUCAUGCGAAGAUGAUGCUUGUGGGCGCCGGCGCGCGAUGCUUGUUCUAUCCCACGCUCUUCUACAAUGUUGUUCGCAAUAGAUUCCAGCCAGAGUUUCGGUGGUGGGAUGAGAUUGAUCAGUUUUUGUUGCUGGGUGCUGUCCCAUUUCCAAGAGAUAUACCCCGGCUUAAGGAAGCUGGUGUUCAUGCAGUGGUGACUUUGAACGAAUCAUACGAGACUUUGGUUCAUACUUCCUUGUACAAGAAUCAAGGGAUCAAUCACCUUGCAAUUCCGACCAGGGACUAUUUAUUUGCACCAUCUUUCGUUGAUCUUCGCCGGGCAGUGCGAUUCAUUCAUGAUCACGCACAACUUGGGAUGAGGACUUACGUUCACUGCAAGGCAGGACGAGGACGAAGCACCACUGUUGUGAUUUGCUACUUGGUGGAGCACAGAGGGAUGACUCCUCUCGAGGCUUUGAGUUUCGUGCGCUCCAAACGACCUCGAGUUCUUCUAGCCGCCUCCCAAUGGAAGGCAAUCCAGGACUACUGUGAUCAAGUCAUCAAGCCACAGUGCUACAUGACUCUGAGCUUCCACACCUCCACAUUUUCUCCGGAGCUAGUCGCCACCAGCAGAGAAGCUCCAUCCAGCACGGUGACGGCUGUGGAGGAUUUGGACUUGGACUUGCCAGUGCUGGUUAGCAAGGCAGACCUGGUGGGCUACACGAGCAUCGAAGACGCGGGGAUCAUCGGCAACGAGCUGUGGAAAGACAUAAGCUUCGUUUGCCGCUUCCGGCUGGCCGCUAUACGCAACUUUCGAGCGGCUUCCGCCUGGAUCGGCACGCAUUCCAGAGGGUCAAGCCUGGAAACUUGCAAGAAGAUGGCCGCUUCAUCGCCAUCGCCAUCCUCUUCGUCGUCGCCAUCGUCACCAUCGUCGACUUCGGCGUAUGCUUUGGACGGAGUCGUGGUGCCCGUUUGCUAGUCGGGUGGGAAACUGAUAAAACCAUCGUGUCUGGGAUUUUGCCAGGUGGCACUGGUGGGGCCGUUGAGCCGGGCAGUCAAUCGGCGGCCAGUUCUUGUUGUAAAAAGGGGUUUUUUCUUCUUACCGCUGCAGUAAGAAAUUCAAAUUUUUGUCCCC